AAAGAAGAAGAAAAAGAAUACGAAGAAGAAGAAGAAGAAGACCUAGACAUAGUGGGAAGAACGAUACACAACACCGACGCCCACUUUCUGGUGACAGUAGGUCGUUUGCCCUCCACUGUUUUGAUGCAGAGCUCGAAGAGGCAGAGACGACACAUGGCGGAAGAUUGGAUGUCCGCGUGAAACGUUUCUGUAACAUUGCUACCCCAGUUUCACAUAAAGAAGACCGGAGUAAGCGAAGAAGCUUUGUGAGAUGGAGAGCACGGCGGAGGGAGACGCAGACGAGCGCAGGAGGGAACACUGGAAGCUGCUGUCCAGUCUGAAGACCACAGUAGAGGGCCUUGUGUCCACCAACAACCCCAACGUGUGGUCACGGUAUGGAGGCUUGCAGCGGCUGCACAAGGAUAUGAACAAUAUCCUCAGCCAUGGACUGAGAAACGAGCAGGUGUACUACAAGCAGAGAGACUACUGGCCAUUUGUUUGGUGUGUUCGGUACAUCAGCCCGCACCUCGCCUCACAUGUCGAACAGUUCAGUCACCUGGAGCCUGUGCUGAGUAGUGGGGUGCAAGGUGCUGGUGAAAGCUACAAAGCUGAGCGUUGGCUGCUUCACACCUUACAGGUUCAUAUGCUAUCAACCCAGCUGCGGCCUCUGCUUCGGCAUCUGGGACAUACACGUAAAUAUUACAAUGAUAAUGCCUUUCUGCUGAGUGAGCCUCAUGUGACAGCCAUGUUUCAGUGUUUAGAAGCCGUGGAGCAGAAUAACCCCAAAUUGCUGGCCCAAGUAGACACUGUUGGUCUGUCCCCUCUGAAGGGCCCACCUUGUCUGGGUCUUCUGAAGAGCCAGAGCCUAUGUGUGUUGCCAGGGGCCGGUGGUGCAUGGAGGAGCACAAACAUGGCUUCCAGAGGAGAAACUCUAAAUCGCAGGCUCACCACCUCUAACUGCUCUCUGCGAGAAGCAGUCACCCCCAGCUACUGUGCAGGUACUACAGGAGCUGGAAUCCAAAGUGGCCCGGUGUUGGUCCCUUCUAUUUCCCUUCCAGAGCCUUCCUACUCCCUUCAGCCUGAGGCUGUAGACUCUGGCGACGGUGACUCUGACGAUGGUCCAGAGUACCUGGCUAUUGGUAACCUGGGGCAACGCUGUCACUGUGACUCCCAAAGCUCCACCCAUAGCAGUGAACAGGCCGAGACCAAAGAUCAGUCUCUGAACCGGAGCUCCGUGGUUUUGGUCCCAUCAAGACGCUCAUCUUUUUCAGGGGGCCAGAAGGGGCCGGGUAAGGGGUCCAGAGGACAUACCCGCUCGUUUUCUGAUACCGGAAUCAAUCAAAAACACAGAAAUGGAGGGGGCCACAGAAAAAUCACCAUAAUAAUAGAAGAUCCAGUAGCAGAAUUGGAAGAUGAUGACUGCAUGAAGGACUACAGUCCUUUCUCACCUAAGUGCAAUGAUACCAGCAUUCCCAGUUCUCUUUACAUGGAGUCUUAUGGGUCCCAACACAGCAAUGUACUGGAUGGGAUGUUCAGAAAGCCUUCAGAGGGGCAGAGUCUCAUCAGCUACUUGUCAGAGCAGGACUUUGGCAGCUGUGCUGACCUUGAAAAGGAGAAUGCUCAUUUUAGCAUUUCAGAGUCCCUCAUUGCAGCCAUUGAGCUGAUGAAAUAUAAUCUAGGGCGUCAGGAGGAGGAAGGCGAUGAGGAGGGCGACAGUGACUCUGAGAUUCAGCAGCUCAAGCAGAAGAUCCGCCUGCGGAGGCAGCAAAUCCGGCACAGUCGCCUGCCACCCUGCACAACCUCUCAAUGCACUUACCACUCCACUGACAGCGGAGGCUCCAAGAGGAGUUCUCAGGACUCCGACCGGGGUCUGUCUGGCUCUGGCUCAGCUGAGGAGGUGGAGGAGUGCGAACUACGAGAUGGCUGUGAAGGUCAGUCCCUGCUGGUGGUGUCUCAGAAUGGCCUCUCCCUGUCACUUGCCUCCCUCUUCUCAGAUGCAGACAUCAAGCAUAGUGUAAGCUCCUGCAGCAGGUCUUUUCUCAGCUCAGAGUCGAUCUCUCCCUCCUUCCUCCAGUCUAACUCAGCUGAGUCAGUAGCCAUGGGUUUACUCAGGCAGUUUGAAGGCAUGCAACUUCCUGCAGCCUCUGAGCUUGACUGGCUGGUCCCAGAACACGAUGCUCCUCAGAAAUUGCUGCCCAUGCCCAACUCUCUGCCGAUCUCUCCUGAUGAUGGUGAACACGCAGACAUCUACAAGUUGAGGAUUCGUGUUCGUGGCAACCUCGAGUGGGCACCGCCUCGACCACAAAUCAUUUUCAACAUUCAUCCCGCCCCCAAGUCAGUCCACAACAGAAGGAAGAUAGUUGUGGCUAAGCAGAACUACCGCUGUGCUGGAUGUGGAACCCGCAUUGACCCAGACUAUAUCAAGCGACUGCGUUACUGCGAAUACCUCGGACGGUACUUCUGCCAGUGCUGCCACGAGAACGCCCAGGCAGUGGUUCCUGGCCGAGUGCUGAGGAAGUGGGACUUCAGCAAGUACUAUGUCAGCAACUUUGCCCGGGAUCUGCUGAGCAAGAUAGCUGGAGAUCCACUGUUCAACCCCAACGACAUCAACAGUGGUCUGUACAAGAAAAACAAGGCACUGGAGACUGUUAGAGUUUUGAGGGUGCAGCUGUUCCACAUAAAAAAUCUCUUCAAGACUUGCCGCUUUGCUAAAGAGGUGCUGGACCAGUUUGACAGACUGCCAGGACACCUAACCGAGGACCUUCACCUCUUCUCCCUCAACGACCUCACUGCUGUGCGCAACGGCGAACUGGCACCCCUAAUGAAGGAGCUGCUUAAACUUGGUACCAUACAUGUAGCUGACUGUGUGCUGUGCCAGGCAAAGGGUUUUGUAUGUGAGUUCUGCGGCAACGAGAAAGACAUCAUCUUCCCCUUCCAGCUGAGCAAGUGCCAGCGAUGUGAAGACUGUCAUGCAUGUUACCAUCGCAGCUGUUACCAGACAAGUAAAGAGUGCCCUCGGUGUCAGCGGCUGGCAGAGCGGAGAGAGAGGAUGGCACGCAAAAAUAUGGAGGAACAAGAAGAUAAUGGAGGUGGGACUUAGUGUUAGUUACAGGAGAAACCUCAGAAGACGAUGAGCACAACACGACCAUGAUUGUAGUCACUUGGCAUCUCUCUUUCCCACCAGCCCUCUCAGACCUGGGUGACAGUACCCUCUAAAAACUGCUGUAUAGUUUCUAUAUUGCCAGAUGUUUUUACUACAUCACUUGUUAAGUAGAAUGUAGCCACUGUUGAUAUUCAGAUUUCUGUAAGCCCAUUUUGGACAUGCACUUUAUUCUCCUUGAAAAGUAUGUUUGAUCCCUAACAUUUUCAUGUAACAAUUUUAUAAUAUUUCUCCAAAAACAUUCUCAGUUUUGCAAUUACAUAUUUUGUUUUCCACUUGAUAGUUCAAUUUCUUUGUACAUCACAAAUUAUAAUAAUGGCCUGACAAUCAUCGCAGUCAAAUAAUACAAAUGUGCAAAUUUUUCUUAGUUUUUCUUGUUUCACCCUCCAUCUGCAAUCAUUCCCACACAUAUUGAAUCGCUGUGUAUGAAAAAGUGUGAAUGAGAAAACCUGCUGCCUUACACAGUUACUAGAUGUUGAAGUUUCAUGCUUGAAAGCCAAAGAUUGUUGCCAAAAAAAAAAAAAAAAAAAAGUAUUUGCUCAGUCUGUUCCCAGGUUUGAUAUUUCUGGUGAUUUUUUUUUUUUACUAGCCACUUUGCUUUUUUGUGACUUUAAAUGACAGGAUUUCUGUUUUUAAGAAUGAAACUGGAAAUUUGAAAGUAAAGAUAUUUUUAUUGUGUGAUUGAUUUUUAGCACAUAUACUGUAUAUAAUCUUCAGUUAUGUUGUGUUUAUUUUAUUUGUGUGUGUGUGUGUGUGUGUGUGUGUGUGUGUGUAUAAAUAGCUACCUGAUGUGUAGCCAUCCACAAAUGGUUGCACUAAAUCAGCACAUGCACAGGUUCUAAUGCUGUUUUGGAUAAUGGAGAGUGUCGAUUAAUUGCACUGAUCCUGUUUUUUUGCUUUUGCGUUUGUUUUGUCUUUUUGGAUGGGAGAAUUUAACUUUUUGGGAAAUUUUCAUAUGUUCGUUGUAAGAACAUGAGACCUCACCUUCUGUUUCUCUAAUUAAGCUCCCAUCACCUGGUUUGCACAGUCCAAGAGAGAGUAUAGCAAAAAUUUUAUCACAAUUCUUCCAUGGACUAAAUUUUUUUUUAUUUAGUUAAGUUGAGAUGAGAUUUAAUUAAUGUAGUGAUGAUUAUCUUGCAGACUUCAUCAGUGUGCGUCUGCUUUAAAAUAUAGUUAAAAUAUAAGUGAUUUAGAAAAUGCCCAACUUUUCUUUGAUAUAUUGAUAUCAAUCACAUGUCUUGAGCGAUCAGCCUGUUUAGCCAGCUUAUACUGAAUAGACGUCUGCUCCAGACCAGUGCUUACCUUACAGAAUUUUGAGCAGUUGAACAAAACAGUAAUUUUAAAUCUAUAUUAAUUACAGUUUUAGAAGCCAAUAGAGAAGUACACAAUAUCACAGAGAAAUAAUACAGCAAAUGUGACUUGUUAAUUUAGAAGGUUUGAUGUUGAAAUUUUUGUCUCUUGAUUUGUUUGUGGCUGAUUUUAGGUCUUCAUGUCAAGUGUCUUAUAGUUCUGAGUUAGAUUGAUUAAAGAUUAGACAGAAAAGGGGCACAAUCUUUUUAAUAGAUGCUCUACUCUGUCUCCUAAAAACUAACUGGCUUUGUGUGUACAAACCCUUAUGAGAUGAACCCAGAACGACUGCUUUUAAAAGAAACACUGAUCACAAACUAAAAACCUCCACUUGGCUCACUGUUCUGUUCUGUUCUGUCACUGUUCUCCUUUAACAAGGAGGGAGGAAAUUUAAAGUGCACUACAGAUUAAUAUAGCUAUUAAAAUGUUAAUUAUUAUUAUCAUUAUUACAUGUAUUCAUUUGCUUUGAUUCUGUAGUUAUGUAGACAAUAAAUGACUGGCUAUACUGUU